UAGCAGGUAAGCAGCCAAUUCCCCGACCAUUGUGCGUUUUGUUAUCAAAACAAUCCGAACCCGUGGCCCUUUUUUAGUCAGCUAUAACCGGACAUCAGGAUGGUGAGCAGUAAGGUAAAGGCCACAGAGCGCGAUAAAGAUGCCGAACACCGCGACUAUUCGUGCGACGGGUCACCGCUGCCAGCAGAACCUCUUUCAAAUGCAAAUAGACCGAAUCCACCGAUACCGACCCAGAAAACGUCACGGGGCAGUAAAGCCAAGAACAGCUGUCAAACAGGCUCAAAAAAACACAAGUCCACUUCUGAAAAGAAAUACCUCGGAGUCCGAGUGAGAAUGCCAGUACGGGACAUGCUCAGAAAUAUACGGAUAGCCAAGGGUAUUGACCCUAAAGAUCUGCAGCACUGUCUCCGGUCCAAAGGAGAUAAAAAACGAGUUAACACAAGUGGAAAACGAAGACGUUUUCUGAAGAAACAUCAAACAAAAAGUCUUGAGGAGCUUGCGAUUAUUGUAGAAGUGUUGGAGGAGGAUCUUAAGACCUGUCAGUCAUACAGAUUGGCAAACAAAAGCCCUUCAGGACAGGAAAAUGAGAUACCUUUGUCUCCAAGCUACUCGGUACCCUCCGAGACCUCCCCUGUCCACUCUGUAUCCAGCUCCUACCCGUCCCCAACUUACAGCCAGGGUGCUGAUGUUUCCUUGGGGAACCAGGAAGAACACAACAGUUAUGAGCUAGCUAACUACAGGUAUGAUGAUCUACAUGGAAUGAGCUGCUCUCCUGCCAACUCAUGUGAAUAUCAGGUGCCCUCCCCACAAGAGUCAUUCAACGCCAGUCCCAACUCAGAAGUCUGGGAUGUUUCUUCUCAAAAGAUGACCUAUGCACCAUGGCCACAUUCUCACCAGGAAGAGUGGCGUGAUAUGACCUUCUUCUGGACUCAACUGGAAAGAGAAGAGAAUCUGCUAAAAGAGAUAUCAGACCAAGAGCUUCUUGCUGUAGAUGAAAACGGAAGGAUUCUUUUACACAGAGUUGUUGAGGAGGGAAAGAGAUCCCUCGUGUAUGUUAUUGCCAGAAGGAUGGCAGCUCUGAAGAAACUAGAUAUCAAAGAUUCAGAGGGAAAGACUCCCCUUCAUCUUGCUGCACAGAAGAAUCAACAUUUCAUGGUGGCUGAUUUGGUGUCACUUGGUGCAAAUAUCAAUGUGAAGGACCGAUAUGGGAAAACAUGUCUUCAUCUCAGUGCAGAGAAUGGAUAUGUUCGAGUCUUGGAGGUCCUGAAAGGUUUGAUGAGAAAUGGCAAAUAUAUUAAUUUGGAGGAAAGAGAUGCAAACGGGCUCAGUGCGCUGCAGUGUGCAGCAGUAGCCCUUAACCACACGGUGCGGGAGCUGGAGCUGUGCGAGUCUGCGGGAUGGGUCAGACUGCACACCCUUCGUAAGGAGCAGAUGAUGGAAACUCUAGAGUGCCUCCUUCAAAUGGAGUGCUGUUUACACACUCCGGAUCAAGGUCGCUUUAAUGUGAUGAAAAGAGCUGUUGAUUCGAAGCGGUGUGAACAAACGGCCUUCUUUCAGUCAAAUGAAAUCAAGGCCAGAAACAACGUGAUUUAGAAGCGGGUUGGCUACAUGCACAGCUGCUUCUAGCAAGAGUUGUUUUCUCUGUCAAGCCAGGCAGUGCUGUUAACUGACGGUAAAUGUUUUUGAGUGCAUACAAGCUUUUACCUGCCGUUCCAAAAAGGAGAACGAGUCUUUGUGUCAUGGUAAAGCUAUGUAUUAUGCAACUGUAGAUUUUGUUCAGUGUUGAUGUGAAAAGUGUAUCGCUGAACAAAAACACAAUGGUUGCCCAUUAGCUGGUUUCUGUGAAACUUCCACUGUUAGUUACGUUUGAGUAGCAAAACGUUGAGUAGAAAAGUGUGGUAGGACUUACGAGUCUGUCAAAUGCCACAGGUCCUAUUUGCUCCAAGAGCAAAUAGUUUGAUAUUGAGGAGACUGUAAUGGUUAUGUAUAUUGGCGUACAAUGGCAAAAUGCAGUAACUGUGCCAACAAUGCUCUAAAAGAAUGCUGGGUUAAAAACAACCCAGCGCUGGGUGAAAUAUGGACAAACCCAGCAACUGGGUUGUUUUGACCCAGCUAUUGGGUUAAAUGUUUAACCCAACCUUUCUUCUAGGUAGUCUAUAUUUUACCCAGUGCUGGGUUGUAUUUAACCCAGCAUUUUUUUUAAAGUGAAAGGAACUGAUUUUUUUUAAUAUAUUUGAUGUGAUUUCUUAUCAAGCCAUUUCUCUGAAUCUAGAAGGUAAGAUUUUGACAAAAAAGGCAGUUCUUGUAUUUUGCUUUUGCCCAACAAUAUACUUGUAUGUUUCCUUUUAAAAAUAAUGGCAUUUACAACAAUAUACAUAUGCUGGUGUUAUUUUCUCUUUUGCAAAGUUGCAAGUAAAUUCCUAAAACAUUUGGAGUCAGUAAGAUUAUUAUUAUUAUUAUUAGUUAAGAAAUUAAUAGAUUUAUUUAAAAGUGACAUUAAAAUGCAUUUGUGAUGCUACAAAAGAUUUCUAUGUCAAAUAAAAGCUGUGCUUUUGAAUUUGUAUUCAUCAAAGAAUCCUGAAAAAAGGUUUCCACAAAAAAUAUUAAGCAGCGUAACAGUUUUUAACAUUGAUAAUAAUAAUAAGAAGAAAUCAGCAAUUAGAAUGAUUUCUGAAGAAUCAUGUGACUGAAGACUGCAGGGCUCUAUGUGUACUUUUCUGUUUAAAAGCACCUUCUAAACAGAUCAAAAAUAAGCCUUGCCAUUACGAGGUGAUAUUUGACUCAAAGUGAUUUACAUCGGAAUUUUGUUUUUACCUUUGUAAUCGCAUUUUUCUAACUUUAUUAAAAGUAUGUCAUCUUUUAUGUCAAAUUUUUUUAAAAUGUGGCUUGUAGGCAUAUUUUAAUAUGUUUAAUGAGGCUCGGAGGUGGCAUGAGUGCAUUCAAAUUCAUAAAUUUAUGUUGAGAUUAAUGUUUUAAAUCAAACAUUUUGAAUAUAGAAAUAUUAAAUGAAUUAAAUAACUGAAAAGAUGCUUUAAAAAUGAAACUAAAACUGCCAGUGGGUGACGGCAAGUCACUGAUUUUAUCACUGAAUCAUUCAUUCAUUCAUUUGAUUCGAAGGGCUGAUUCAUUCAGCAAUAAAGCAAGUGACUGUCUUUAUGAAUGGAUAAUUGAAUCAUUGACUCACUAGAGUUUAAAAACACAUUCAUUCAUAUGAAACACUGCUGUGUUUGAAUAGAGAUGCACAGCGGCUCAGUUGUGACUUGUUUCAAACCAGUUUUGAUGAUGAAUUAGAGCAAAAUCAGGCAAUAGUGUUAUAGUCAGACAAAGUAAGUCACUUAAUAUUAACUUGUUUAUUUAACUGUUGUAUUAAAUCAAAAUCUCAUUUACAAACUCCCUUAAAAACAAUUAAAAUCUGUCACUCAGUUUAGUUCAUCUCUAUCUCAGAAAGUUCAAUUAUAAUCAGUGAAGAUCCCUGCACUGCACAAUGAAUCUCUUAUAUAUAAAUAUAUAAGAAUUGUGAAAGAAUUUGUGAGAUAUGUCUGUGAUACAUUACUCAACAUUGCAAAAACAUGUCAACCUUUGAAGCUCCCCUCAGCGCAAACACAAAUAUGCUGAUCGGGCCAGUUGCACUGGUGCUCCUAAAUAUUUUUUCAUAGUCGCACACAGUAGUUUUCAGUAACACUGUAGAGCCCUGUACUAGAGUAAUGAUGCUGAAAAUUCAGAUUUUCAGAUUCAGAUUCAGAAAUUUUAAUAGAAAAUGGUUAUUUUAAUUUGUAAUAAUAUUUGAGUUUUUAUUUUAUUUUAUUUUAUUUUAUUUUAUUUUAUUUUAUUUUAUUUUAUUUUAUUUUAUUUAAGGAAUAGUAGUCUUGGUCAGCAUAAGAGAAUUCUUCAAAAAACAUUUUAAAAUCCUUACUGACUCCAAACGUUUUAACGGUUGUGUAUAUCGAUAUCUUAUUUACUAGAGUAGUAUGAAACCCAAGAAACAUAUAUGAAGAUUUGUAGUACAUAUAUGCUAUAGUGUUUGAGGUCGGAAGCUUUAAAAAUAGCCUUAAAAACAGGCAGACACGAUAAAACCUAUUAGUUUUGUGUACUGGGGACUAUAAGGUGUUUCCAACAAUAUGGUGUUUAGCAUAUUUUUGUAAUAGGUAACAGUAAUAUUCUUUAAUAUGUCUUAGAAUUCAUAUUUUGUGAUUGUUCUCUUUUCUGUUUUGCAUUAUUAAACCAAUGUGCAUGUAAAACUGUUAAUGUUACACUGGCUCACCGAGGGUAAAGUAUAUAUCUUGCAUACUAAAUAUAAUAGGGGUGCUGUAUGUAUAUGACAUAUUUAGGGCUUCAUUUAUGUUUUAUUAUAAGACAUCUUGUGUGGAAUAGUUGUUUUUUCCAAAUACUUGUUAACAUGGUUUUAAAAAUGAAAUAGACACAUGACGUGUUAAGGGGAGUGGGUGUGAAUUAAAAAUUAUUGAUGUAAUUGGAUACUUUGUGGUCAACUGUGAAAACUUGUUUUAAUUAUAAAUACCUAUAUAUGUGUACUCAUAUUAGUUAAUACAGUAUAUUGUAUAAGAAUUAUGGUAAAUGGGUGUGUGUAUCAAAUACAUUUACUUUUUUAAUUAAUGUGGAAUACUUUAUGGAGGAUAAAUGUAUAUUAAGGACAAACAUGACUUCUUUUUUGUGUGUGUGUGUGUGUGUGUCAAAGUAAGCAGCAUGUCAAACACUGCAGAUUAUUAAGCAUCAGGUCACAAAAUGUCAACGAUUUCUGAAAACAAAACAAGGUGUUCAAACUCGCCACGUCUGUGAUUAUCUAUGCGUAUACAGAGGAGAUUUUUUGUAUUAUUGGUAUCGGGAGUUAUAUUUGCAUUACUUUGGAAAGAGGAGUUUUCAUAAACGUAAAUUAUGAGUUUUUGGACUCCCAUCAGUCAUAUCGUGCGCAGGUCUGUGCCAGAGGCAUUAUGGGGCAGGUUUGUACAGAUGAGAUACCAGUGUAAUUAUCUGGUUGCGCUGUUGUUUUCAUCUUGACCCUGUUCGAGAGAGAGAAAGAGAGAAAGAGAGAGAGAGAGAGGGAAUCAGUCUUGCUAUGGUUAUAGACACAGUUUAUGUCACAUAUA